AUGGCACUGCCUUCAUCGCUAGAGCAAGUGCGCAUCACUUCCCUGCCGCCCGACGCAUAUUACAUAUCCGACUUCAUCAGCGAAGAGGAAGAGCGAAUGAUACAGGAGAAGAUAAUCACAGCACCGAAGCCGCGAUGGACACAGCUCACACACCGACGACUCCAGACUUGGCCAUCAGCUCUGGUCCAGAAUACGCUGCUAGAGUCACCACUCCCACAAUGGCUCGAUGAGCCAGUGGUGUCCCGCCUGCUUUCAGUGCCGCUCUCUACGGACAAGCCCACCAUCAAUAUGUUCUCAUCAAGUCCCCACGCGCGGCCGAACCAUGUCCUUAUCAAUGAAUACCCUCCUGGAAUUGGAAUUAUGCCCCAUAAGGAUGGAAGUGCCUACCACCCGGUCGUCUGCACCGUGAGUCUUGGGGCCAGCCUAUGCCUCAACAUCUACAAAAGCAACGAGGACGGUGCCUUGGACCCAAAGCCAGCGUACAGGAUUCUCCAGGAACCUCGAAGCCUUCUAAUCACGACCCAGGAGCUCUACAAUGAUUACCUACACGGAAUCGCCGAUAUCGACGAAGACCUGGAUCUCUCCGAGAAGACUGUUGCAAAUUGGGCUCUUUUACGAUCCCCCGAGGACUACUCAAAUGGUCGGAAUGUCCGGCAAACAAGGACGAGUCUGACAUACCGUGAUGUGUUGAAGGUGUCAAAGCUGGGCAACAAGCUAGGCAAAUUCUUGAAGCGCUGA